AUGACUAGUGUGAUGUCUCUACCAUACCUACCGGAAGUAGGGGUACAGAGAACAGUAGCCAGCACGCGAACACAAGAUUCUGAGACAUCAAACUUGCUGAGUUUUGUGGAUAUGGCGUCAAGUAACAUUAAAUUAGCUCUGGACAAACCUUCCCGAUCAAAACGGAAAGUGAACCACAGAAAAUAUCUACAAAAGCAACUGAAGCGUUGCGGAAACUCCUCCACUACUUACCCAGACGGUAGACAGGUCGAUCUACAGGGGGCAGUGUGUAAUGGAGGAAAAGGUUCGAGGAAGGAAACAACACAGAUAGGACUACAAAUUAAGUCUCUUCAGGCCUUGUUCGACCCUAAGACAUUACACCAGAAAUGCUGUACAGACCAAACGGCGAAACCAGCGUCAAAUUCAAAAGUUCCAUUGCGUAAACGUAACUUACCUCCAUCCUUUUUCAUUGAACCCACAUCUGGUUUGGAGGACACCGACCAAGUUUUACAAACUGGUGGCAACGCAGACUUACAGUUAUGUCAAGAUAUAACAAGUAACGAACUUCCGGCUGAUACGCUGGAUUCAAUACUCGGACAAACUGAGUUGCAGGAACUUUUGGCCGGACCAUGGACUGACAAUAUUCGAGAUAACUUCACCAUGCCUCGUUAUGAACAGAGUCUAGGUAACUGUAGUCCACGAUCAUUCUCUGACAGUUCUGACGCUAUGUCAAGUAGUGCCUCGGUAUCCCCGGCAAUUUCGGACCAGAAUUCCGACUGGAUCGCCUCGUUUUUUUCACAAUCUCUCGGCGAAAACAUCCAAACCCCAUCCUUAUUUGGGGAUGGAUUUGCAUCAGUCCAAAGUCCCCUAGUUCCUGUUGGUGAUAACAGAAUAGGGGACGUAACGGAUUGUCAAUCCUUAGAGGACAAGCUCUUCAUAGAACCCUCGUUCACAGGACAGACAGUGUCUGGUAUCAGAGAACACCAGUGUGACACAACGCCUCUCCCAACAUUUCCACAAGCGUUUUGCAGUGGCGUCUCGCUACAGGAGAACUUCCAGAAUGCUUACUCAUGGUCAGACGCACAGAUCCAACCAUGCUACACCUAUUUAUGA